GCAUUCCUCGUGUCUUCCCCUGCAUAUUGGUGGCCUCAGGCAGUUCCCGCGUCCAUUAGAGUCUUGAAGCAGACCGAUUGGCGGCGUCAUAGAGGAACGUUCCUCCGCAUCUUCUUUGGUAGACUGAAACAUCCUCCGCAGCUUUUCGCGCCGUGUGCUCUCGCAUGCGCAUUGACAGGGUCACAAAAUAGUGUGUCUCAGGUGUGUCAGCGACCUUGCUGUCUGGCCAGAGCUGAAUAAACUGCUACGUCCAUUUGGAACGCGCUACCGAUUGUCGCGCACAAUGAGUGCUCUACUGGAAACCUCUCUGGGUGACAUUGUCAUAGAUCUUUUGGUUGAUGAGUCGCCUAAAGCAUGUGAAAAAUCCGCGUCUUACUCCCCUGCAGCUUCCUGAAGCUAUGCAAAAUCAAAUAUUAUAAUUUCUCUCCAGUGCAUAGUGUCCAGAAGAACUUCUCCUUUCAGACCGGUGAUCCCCUUGGGCCCGAUUCUCCAGAGAGUGAUGGUGGAUCUUCGAUAUGGGGUGUGUUGGAGGGUCCUUCGAAAAGGACAUUUCCGGUUCAACUUCCCCCAAAGUCAAAACAUACAGAACGGGGCACAGUGAGCAUGGCGACAGUACCUUCCUCCCGCGAUCCCGAAGAGCGUCUCGCCGCUAGCCAAUUCAUCGUUACAUUGGGGGACAAUCUUGACUAUCUAGAUGGAAAAGCAGCCAUAUUCGGGAAAGUCGUCGAGGGUUUCGAUGUUCUGGAGAAGAUAAAUGACUCCUUUAUUGAUGACAGGGGCCGGCCUCUCAAGGACAUUCGCAUCCGUCACACCGUAAUCCUCGAUGACCCUUUCCCAGAUCCUCCAGGCCUGGUGGAAACCCCGGAGAGUCCUCUCCCGUCAAAGGCGCAGCUAGCUACCGUCAGGAUUGCGGACGAUGAGGAACUAGACGACAAUAUGGAUGAAGAAGCGAUGGAGAAGCUUCGGCGGGAACGGGAGGCGCAAGCGCAGGCUCUGACAUUGGAAAUGGUUGGAGAUCUUCCUUUCGCAGAAGUCAAACCGCCCGAGAAUGUCUUAUUCGUCUGCAAGCUGAACCCGAUAACCCAAGAUGAGGAUCUAAACCUAAUAUUCAGCCGUUUCGGGCCAAUUCUAUCCUGCGAGGUCAUUAGAGACAAGCGCACUGGCGAUAGCUUGCAAUAUGCAUUCAUCGAAUUCGAGAAUCAGAAGGAUUGCGAGCAAGCCUACUUCAAGAUGCAGGGUGUCUUGAUUGACGACCAUCGUAUACAUGUCGACUUCUCUCAAAGCGUGUCAAAACUAUCGGAAAGCUGGCGGAAUGCCACUAUCAUGAAGCGUAGCCAACGAGGUGGCUUCGGUGGCAUAGCCGGUCUUGAAAAGAAACGCCAGUACAGAGCAUCGGACAACACUCGCCAAAGAGAUGACUACGGAAUGGUUUUUGACAAGGAGAUUAAGGGUCAGCCUAGGGCCUCUAAGCCAACACGACGGGAAAGGUCGUAUAGUCGGAGCCCAAGACGAAACGAGUCGCGACGCGACCGAUCGCUUAGUCGAGGUCCAAGGCAAGGAGGUCCCUCCCGCAGCCGAUACCGUGAUCGAUCGUUCAGCCGGAGUCCUAGACGGGGCGAUUCCUAUCGGCGCAAUGAUCGGGACAGGUACUGUGAUGAUGAACGCCGAGCAGAACGCGGUCGACGCAACGCAGAAGAUCGAUAUCGAUCAAGGCACCACUAAAAUGGGAGAUGCCUCACCAGGAUGAGACCUCAAAAUCGAAGCCUUCGCUCAGCCUGGCGACAGCCCGGGAGUUAAGGGGUGCGCCAAGGAGAAAGCCAUAAAUAGUGUAAAUAGUUAUAAUGUACCGUUAGUCGGUCUCAUCCGACAAAAAAGGGAGACGCAGCGUCUUGUUUCCGGCAGGGAUACAGCGUAUAUAUAUUUUGGCACAGUAAUAAUAAAAAAAAAUCA